GGGUGCGCGAGCGCAGAUUGCCGCAAGAGCCCGACGUACGCGCACGCACUGUGCACCCGUGGUCAAACCGGAUCGAAUAGUGACAAAGCAAGUGGAGAUUAAAUUGAGUUAAAAAGUGAACAUUGGAUAUCAACCCGACGCGUCCAGGUAUUUUUAGUACUUCAUUAUAACAACUAGUUCCUGUUAUCACGAAAGUUAAUCACGGUCCUUCGUGACUCAUGGCCCAGUACCAGUUCUUGUAUUUGGUGGUUGUGGCUGCUUUAGGUACAGCACCAUGCCAGAGUCACGACUCGUUGCAAGACACGGUGACACAAGAUGCAACACCGCCUAGCUUAUUGAAAGAGGUUGAAGACAACAGCCGAUACAAGACUUUGGAGGCAAAUGCAACGCUUUUGAAGCUUCUAGUUGACGACAAAGAUGGAGUUAGCAGGUCCGAAGUAUUCGACAUGUUGCACUCUAAAGACGACACCCCCGCUUUACCAACAUUCCCAGAAGAUGCUGAAGACGGUAAAGUUGACGUGCCGGUUGUACCUGAUUCUCAAGCUGAGUUCCUUCAAGCAGAGGAACCAGUGCGCAAGGAUUCUCAGAGACGAUACGCGGCGACACGUGGCGAGCCAGUCGGCACCGCUGCAGGCAUUAUGGUUGCGGUUACCUGCAGCAUCGUCGUUCUCGCUUACUCUGCUCUUAUUGUAUGGAGACGGAUAUACUUGAAGAAAAAUGGAUUAAAGCACGAACUUUUACGAAAUGAAGAAAUUGUCGCUGAAACAAGAAUUGAGUUGUGAAGACUAUGUUCGUUCCUUCAAUACUUUACAAAUUUUUGUCAAAUCAAGUAUUGACGUAAAUGUAUCGAGCCACGAAGUUAUAUAAGAGUUUUUAAAAUAACAAGACUGAAUUUGAUUAAGAAAGAUUAUGUUUUAGAUGUAUGACCUAAUA